UCAGUGGUGUCGUCUGCUCCUCAACGCACGUGUCGAGGUAUGGCCACCCUCGUCAGUUGAGAAUAUUUGAAAUUGUGUUAGCUGUUCCUUUAUGCAGAGAAGUGAGUUGGAUGAAAGUAAAGACUCAAAAGCUUUCUAACUUAGAAGAGUGUGGUAAUCGAUUGGGCUCCGAAAAGAAUAAGAGAAAAAUGUCAGGUGGAAUCGCCAAAAAUAAUAGGCCAGCUUCCUACUACAUGGAUCGGGCUCUUAUUCCUAGGGUCCAACGCUAUUUAAAAGAGAACAGUCAUAGAACAUACAUUGAUAUAGAAGAAAUGGCAGACUUGUUGCAGAGACAGUACCCAGAUUAUGGAAGGAAGAAGAAACUUGCUUUUCGUAACUCUGUCAAACAAGCAUAUGAAGACAUUAGAGCAACAUUGGAUAUCAAAGAAGACAGUAGUGAUUCAGAUCCUUAUGAAACUGCUAGAAUUCCUGAUACACCUGAAACCAGGGAAACUGCCAACGAAUCUUUACGGAGUAUGUAUUCCACUAACCGCACAGAAGAUAAUUCCAAGUUGGAUGAUAUAAUGGUCAUUGAUGUACUUGGUGACCACGAAAAAGCACCACCACAAAGCACCCCAAUGAAAAAGAAAAUCGUCAAAAGGAAAAAGGUCGAAUCUGAUAUUCCAAAUGGAACAACCAAAAAAUCCAAAACAGUAGAAUUCAAGUCUGUCAUAUCUAUUACCAAAUUCUCUGAAGUUGGAGGCAAUGAAAAAUCCCUCAAGGAAGUUCGAAAGCUUAUUCUUCACAUGAAACAUCCAGAAGUCUACCAACAUCUAGGCAUGUCUCCACCCAGAGGUUUUCUUCUUCACGGUCCUCCUGGCUGUGGAAAAACUCUGCUUGCUCAUGCCAUCGCGGGUGAGUUAGAAAUUCCAUUUUUUAAAGUUGCCGCACCAGAAUUGGUUUCUGGCGUCUCUGGCGAGUCUGAGGAGCAAAUUAGGAUGCUGUUUGAUCAAGCUACAUCAGCCGCACCAUGUAUAGUAUUCAUUGACGAGAUUGACGCCAUUACGCCCAAGAGAGAAACAGCCCAGCGAGAAAUGGAGAGGAGGAUAGUUGCCCAGCUUCUCACCUGCAUGGACGGUUCGCAAGUUGUACAUAUUUUACACAUCUUUUUAAUAACAUACUCUUUUCAUUAUACAGAUCUUAGCAGUCGAAAUAACAAUAUUCCGGUGUUAGUAAUCGGUGCAACAAACCGACCCGACUCUCUAGAUCCUGCAUUACGAAGAGCCGGUCGAUUUGACCGUGAAAUCUCACUUGGCAUCCCAGACUUAGCGGCUAGAGAAAAAAUCCUAAAAGUGGUUUGCAAGAAUCUCAGUUUAUCCGCCGAUGUGGACUGGAAAUUCUUGGCUUUAAACACCCCGGGUUACGUUGGAGCCGAUAUGCUUGCAUUGGCUUCCGAGGCUGGAAUGGUAGCAGUUAAUAGAGCAUUUGGCCGAAUGGAAUCCCUUUAUUUGGCUUCCAUUCAACCCAGCGAAACCCCAGAACAGGAAACAAUAACAACAGAGGAGAAAUCAUGGGUUUGGCUUUGUCAACAGCCAGAAUUUGGCACUGAGCAGCUCCAGGACAUAUCGAUCACGCUUGAUGAUUUUAACGCUGCCCUCAAAUGUGUCCAGCCUUCUGCUCAGCGCGAAGGGUUUGCUACCGUUCCCGAUGUUACCUGGGACAAUGUGGGAGCACUGUCGCACGUCCGACAAGAACUUCAUUUGGCUAUUCUGGCCCCCAUUCGUUACGAACAACAUUACGAAGCUUUAGGACUUUCUAGCCCUUCUGGCGUUUUGCUUUGCGGUCCUCCCGGUUGCGGCAAAACGCUUUUGGCCAAAGCCAUCGCCAACGAAGCCGGAAUCAACUUUAUUUCAGUCAAAGGACCGGAAUUACUAAAUAUGUACGUCGGCGAGUCGGAAAGAGCUGUCCGGCAGUGUUUCCAGCGAGCCCGCAGUUCUGUACCGUGUGUAAUUUUCUUUGAUGAGUUGGAUGCACUCUGCCCACGACGUUCUGAACAAGGCCAUGAGGGUGGAGCCAGUCGCGUUGUCAAUCAGCUACUGACCGAGAUGGAUGGUAUUGAGUCACGUCGAGGGGUUUUCCUGAUGGCUGCCACCAACCGGCCUGAUAUUAUCGACCCAGCAGUCCUUCGACCUGGAAGGCUGGAUAAAAUUCUUCACGUUGGCUUCCCGACAGCGGAGGAUCGGGUGGACAUUCUGAGAGCCCUAACUAAGAACGGUACAAAGCCAACUCUAGCUGCCGAUGCCAACUUGAUCGAUAUUGGCUUGGAUCCGAAAUUAGAUGGUUAUACAGGAGCUGACCUUUCCUCAUUGGUCAAGGAAUCGGCCACACAGGCGUUACAGGAAUUUGUUUUUGGCCAUAAUGCCGCUCGAAGUCCCGAUAUGGAGAUGGGCGAUGUAUGCGUGCACCUGCGUCACUUUCAGGCAGCCAUCACUAAAAUUCGUCCUUCGGUCAACGAAAAGGACCGUAAACAUUACAUGGGCAUGUCCCAACGACUUUGAUUGUGCAAAAGGUUCAGGGUUGAAUACCCUUGAAAAUAAUUGCGCAUUCUAGAUUCUAAUCUUCCGUUCUGACUUGCCCUUACAAACAACCGUGUUUUGCCUUUAUUCGACAUACAAAUUGUUUCUAAUUGUAA